CUCAAGGGACACAUCAAAAGCUACAACUCAUUGAUUCUUGCUAUCAUGAUGUCUUGGUCUCGCCUCAUCCGUUUCGUUGAUACCACCGGCAAGGUCUGCUUUGGAGAACCUGCGAUCAACGAUGUCACGAAAUUGGAAGAAGAAUGCCUAGCCGGGACCCUUUAUGCCCAGGAAUUUGUGGGAGACAGCCCACUCUCUGUCACCCCAGGUUCUCGUCGCCUGCAUGUUAAGGAAAUCCUGGGCGUUCUCAGACCAGAAGAUGUUCCUAUCAUCCGUUGUGUGGGGUUGAACUAUAUGGCACACAUCAAGGAGGGUGGACGCACCCCACCGCCUCAUCCGUCUCUUUUUAUCAAGCCGAACACGUCCAUUGCUUCGUACAAUGAGGAUAUUCCCAUCCCCCAGAUUGCUCAAGACUCAGUAGACUAUGAGGGCGAACUGACUGUUGUGAUUGGCAAAACUGGUAAGAAUAUUCCAAAGGAAAAGGCUCUGGAGUACAUUGCCGGGUAUGUCGCUGCCAACGACGUGUCCUGCCGAAGCUGGCAAAAAGAUCCGACCAAGGCCGGAGGUGUUCCCCAAUGGUGUUUCAGCAAGGGUUUCGAUAAAUUUGCCCCUGUCAGUCCUAUGCUCGUAUCUCCUAAGGUCGUCGGUGCUGCCGAUAAUCUACGCCUACAGACGCUCGUCAACGGCGAGGUCCGCCAAGAUACGAACACUAAUGACUUACUUUUCAAUGUCCCUCAUCUGAUCAGCUUUCUCAGCCAGGGAACCACUUUGGAAAAAGGCACGGUGAUCAUGACCGGUACCCCCUCGGGUGUGGCCAUGGGCAUGACCCCUCCCCCUUAUCUCAAAAAUGGUGACGUGGUGGAGGUGAUUAUUGAGGGUGUUGGAUCUACGAAGAACGUUAUGGCAUUUGAGUAAUGGAUAGGUAUUGUCAGGGAAGGCACGAGAUGGGUGUUUCCGCCUUCCAUAUACGGAAAAGCGAGAAGGGGGUCAGCACCUCCCACCUCAUCUUCCCGGCGUUGCCUGAUUCCUCCCGAUUCGGGUUCCUUAGCAAUUUUUAGGAAUUAUUGCAGUAUUGCAGUUAUUGAG